GAAAACUUUUACCCAGUUAUUACUGAGCAACUUUGGAUCAUCUAUGGAGAUAUAAGUUCGGUAAAAUGUCAAAUACAACUUUUAAGGCAAUGAUAACAGUACUGGUUGUACUUUUCCUGCAAGUAUCAGCAGUUCACGGUAGCGUUAUACGUGGGCCUACGCCAUUUACGUUACAAAAACGACCAUCCAACACUGGCAGUGCCAAUAGAAACAUAGCCACGGUCCAACGGCAGCUAACCCAGAUGGAGUCAGUAGAGAGAUACUACCAGCAGCUCUUUCUUAGAGGAUAUUUGUCUGAGGAGGCUUCUAACAAUUUACAUAAUAUACAAGCAUACAUAGACAUUUUACGGAACUACUUGGACACGGCACAAACAAACGGACAAAGGAGCUAGAUUAACAAAAAAAAUAACUGAACAAAUUCAGCGCAACAAUUCAAACAGUUUACAGUCCAAUGGCCAGCGAGAAACAGUCUGUAGCCGUGCCUCGCUUUGGUGCUCAACCGAGUGGACUCAAAGGGUCAACCAUGUGAUAUUAUAUACUGACAAAAUACUACAUUUGUAUUAGCUAGUCUAUUUACUUAGGAAUUAUAUAUCUCCAUUUCCAAAUUUUAAUAGCAAAAAAAAACAUAAUACGUUUAACAACUUGAUGUAUGAGAGAGGCAAAAAUGGUGCAAUACUUGAACCCCCAUGUCGGACGAUUCGCGCGCAACAACGCACCUCUUCCAUUUUCUUUUAAUACACAUAUUUUUUUAAAAUAAAGUCGUCUUUUCGUUCUCUACGUAUAUUUUUUCAAAAAUGGAAAGUUAAAGGUGUGUAAGAAAAUUAUUCAAUCACGUAUUUUCAGUCCGGAUAAAAAAGUCCGACCCUCAUGACCGGUUUUCCCACUCGAGUAGCUAGGGUUUUUUUCCGUUCCGGAAACACGAUAUAUAUAGUAUCAAUCUUCCUGAAAUUAUUGUGCAUGCAUCCGUUUAAAUAAUUGCAUGUCAAACAGUUGCAACAAUGUGUU